AUGAACGCCAUCCCCGCCACCCCGGAUUUUUCCACGCCUGACAACAAAGGAGGCGGCGGGGCGGCCGCGGCGGUGACUCAGCGCCGGGCCCGCCCCCGGCCCGCCCCGGCCGCUCCCCUCAGGCGCGGCCGGGCCGGCUCCGCGCGUGUGGCGGGGCCGGGCGGACACUCGGCAGCAUUGGGCGGGCGGGCGAGCAGGCAGUGGCUGCUCCUCUCCGUCCCUUCUCGGCUUCCCUUGCCCUCGUUCCCCGCGCUGCCGAGCGGGCAGAGCCGCCCCGCCGAGAAGUUUCUCUGCAGUCCAGUUCACCUCCAGGCAUUUAAAGGCUUUGAGACUGUGUUGACCCGUGCACUGCCCCUGCACGACUGGGCCAUCCUGGCCAGUAUCAGAAGGAGUGGCCAGCAGGAGCAGAGAGGUCAUUCUUCCCCUGUACUUGGCACUGGUGAGGCCUCACUUGGAGUAUUGCAUCCAGUUCUGGGCCCUCACUUUAGGAGGGACGUCGAGUUACUUGAGCGUGUCCAGAGGAGGGCAACGAAACUAAUAAGGGGCUUGGAACACAAGCCAUACGAAGAGCGACUGAGGGAGCUGGGGUUGUUCAGCCUGGAGAAAAGGAGACUCAGGGGUGACCUCAUCACUCUCUACAACUUCCUGAAGGGUGGCUGUAGUGAGCUGGGGGUCGGCCUCUUUCUCCGGGCGACAACAGAUAGAACAAGAGGACACAGUCUCAAGCUGCGUCAAGCUAGAUGUAACUUAGAAGUAAGAAGGAAAUACUUCACAGAAAGAGUGGUCAGAUACUGGAAUCAUUUACCCAGUGAGGUGGUAGAGGCAUCAUCCCUUGAAGAAUUCAAAAAAAGACUG